AUGGAAGCGUUUUGCAAAGAAGUCAGUGUAAAUGAAACUAUCAUAUUGGCAGAAGAACUGAAAAACGUCAAAGAAUGGUUUAUAUUGAUACAGGUAACAUGCUGCGUGCUUGGAGUGGUUGGAAAUAUUCUCAAUAUCCGUACUUUACAAAAUCCGUCUUUGCAAACUGUACCAUUCAUGUAUAUCCGAGCACUGGCUUAUUUCGAUUUGAUUGCUUUGACUAUGAUACUGACACAUUUCGGACUGAUCCGCUUCGAUCAUAACACUCCCAUCAUGUUUUAUACCACUUACAUCGAGGCACCAGUUAUCAACACUUUCCUUAUCGCUGGACUCUACUGUGCUUUCUUUUUGACAAUUGAACGUCUCCUCCUAAUAACUAGACCACAUCACAAGUCUUCAUCAAACCCGAAGACCCAAGCUCGCAAGAAAAUUGCGCUGAUGUUAGGGCUUUCAUUCCUCAUUCAUUUGCCGAUGGUGCUUCAAAGGACGCUCAAACAGAAUGAAGAUGGGGAGUACGUCAUGGUUAACAAUAUCAGUCUUCUUUGUGGGGAACCUAAUUGGUCGAUAUACAGCUAUUAUAAACUAGCUAGAGAAUGUUUGAGAUUCAUAAUAGUACUUCUUAUGACUAUUUUCAAUCUCAUCAUAACAAGAAAACUGAAGCAAACCAAGGAUCGGAGGAGAAAACUUGUUCGGCGGUCUCCUCCUCAAAAUAGCUCCCCUAAUGGACUGGUCGCCGACUCUGAAUCAAGUGUCUUGCCUGUUCUUAGACGUGAGGAGUCAUAUUUAGUCAGAAGUUUCACCGAAAACCGAUUGACUGUGCUGAUGAUUGUAAUCUGCGUCAUUUUCUUACUUGGAAAUGUUCCACAAAUCAUCGUGAUGAUUUUACAAAACGAAGCAAUGGAGCAUAAUUUUAAGUUCCAGGUUUACCGUCAUUGCUCAAACACUCUAGAAGUACUCAACCACUGUCUCAAUUUUUAUGUCUUCUGCAUUGCGAGCACAGAAUACACUAGAGCUUUCUUCCUCCAUUGCGAGUGCAUGCAGAAUAUGUUGUUGAGAUUCCCAACCAUUGCAAGAUUCGUGAUUAGCCGAAGAAGCAGCAGCGUUAUGGUGAGCUCCGGUGGUUUUGGUGUCGCUAAUAAAGAGUAUCUGAGCAUGGACUCCAUCCCAGAAGAGGCCAAAAACUGGGUCGUUGAUCCGAGCUCGAGCCCGUACGCCCACGCAGACUCGAAUCUCAGAAGUAUUCUGGUGACUGGAAACCGAGAGCCCCGUCAGAAAAAGUCACUGACCAUUGUGAACCAUUUAGCUGUGGAGGAAGAAAUCAACUCUGACCACGAAGUCACAGAAAUCUAA